GAGGAGGAGGAGGAGGAGGAAGAGGAGGAGGAGGAGGGAUGAGGCGCGCGGCGGAGGGGAAAUGGCUGCCGAAAACAAGCCGGAAGGACUGAAGAAGAUAAGAAAUCCAGAGCGGAUGGUCAGGAUCGCUGUUGGCUACACAGGACACACCCCUCCCAAGAGUGACGACACUGACGCCAACAAUGAGCCGGGCCAGUUGAAGAUCUACCUUCCUAAGAAGCUGCUCGAGUGUCUGCCCAAAUGUUCCUCUCUGCCCAAGGAGCGCCAUCGCUGGAACACCAACGAGGAGAUUGCUGCAUAUCUCAUCACUUUUGAGAAACAUGAUGAGUGGCUGACGACAUCACCAAAAACCAGGCCUCAAAAUGGCUCUAUGAUCCUCUACAACCGUAAGAAGGUGAAGUACAGAAAAGAUGGCUACUGCUGGAAGAAAAGGAAAGAUGGGAAGACCACCCGAGAGGAUCACAUGAAGCUCAAAGUCCAGGGAGUAGAGUGUCUGUAUGGCUGCUACGUCCACUCCUCCAUCAUCCCCACCUUCCAUCGUAGAUGCUAUUGGCUGCUGCAGAACCCAGACAUCGUGCUGGUGCACUACCUGAAUGUACCGGCAGUAGACGAUAGCGGGAAGCCAUGCGGUCCUGUCCUCUGCUCCAUCAACACAGACAGGAAGGAGUGGGCCAAGUGGAGCAAGGAGGAGCUCAUUGGGCAACUCAAACCCAUGUGUGCUGGAAGCAACCUGCAUCAGAAAUGUUCCAGUGUCAAGCAGCGCAUCAUCUCAUCCAAGCAGGAGUCAGGGGCAGCAGCCGGAGGUGGAGCUGCAGUGGGCACGGGCGUAGUGACGGGCCAGAGAGUUGAGGAAGCAGAUGGCACAGAAGUCCAGAACAGCGACGUGUCAGAGGGCCAGACAGAGCCCAGUCCUGGAGGAGGAGGAGGAGGCAGGAGCAGAGCAGGAGGGGGAGAAAGGAGGAAUGGCAGGAUAACGAAACCUUCUCUCCUCCCACAGAGCAGUAUGGAAGUGUCCUCAUCUACCUCCACCAACCAGGUGGAGGUCCCUGACACAACCCAGAGCUCCCCAUUGUCAAUCACCAGUGACAUGGCUGACAGCCCUGCUCUCGCUAUCGGGGCCGGCUUGUCACAGAGCACAGCUGUGUUCAUGUCUGAGGUCACAACACUGACAGGGGAUUCGGUUUACUCUGCUGGCCACACCCACCUGUUAGCAUCCACCCAUGAGAGCACCACUGCCGGCAUCCUGCUGGCUGUUGCCCCUGAGAAUCAGAGGUUUGCGUCUUUUCCUGGAGGCGUGGGCUUAAGUGAGGGGGGAGAGUUAGUUCUGUCCAGCUCUCUGGACACUGGUGGAGGAGUCAGCCUCCCUGAGACCACAAUGACCUUCGACCCUGACUGCUUCCUCAACAAUCCCAAGCAGGGUCAGACGUAUGGAGGAGGUGGAGGGAAAACUGAGGGCUGUAACGGUGAUGACGGAGGACUCCACUGCUCCUCUAACGGCUUUGUCUACAACCCCAACCUCGUGAACAACAUCAAGACAGAAAACACGUCCCUGGAGCAGCCUCUAUCCACUCAGAGCAGCUAUGUGGGAGAAGGGACAGGUCUCAGCCCUAGCACCACCCUAGAGCAGAUGGACUUCAGUGCUGUGAUGUCAUCAGCCUGUGUCCCAAGUCUUGGCCAACCUACACACCACCCCUCCCCAAGCCUUUUCCUCCAGACCUCCCCCCCGGGUAGCCAGACCUCCCAGCUGCAGACCAACGGUGCUGAGGCUACACAGGAAUCGGGUGAGGCCCAGGCUUUCAUAGGCCUGCCCACAGUGCCAACAGACUCUCCAGUCACCAACGGAGACCCGCAUACACACCUCCACCAAGCCAGCUCAGACCAGCAGGGCCUGUGUGGAAGAAGUGGACAAGGAGGGGCAGUGGGCUCCUUUCCUCUGACCCCACAGGAUACAGCUGCUGACCAGUUGGGUGGCAGAAAACAGCGAGAGGGUGGGGGCUUAGACAAAGCGUCUGAGAAUGGUGGAGAGAUACUAAUCAAGCCUGGAGACCCUCAUGAGGCCUACACAAGUGUUGACACCGAGCACUACCUGCAACCCACAGAUGACAAUGGAGGAGGAGAGGAGGGUGGGGGAGGUGGUGGAGGGGGUGGAGGAGGUGGGGAAAAUGAAAUUCUCUGUAAUGGUGUAAGCUUGUCAGGGGCGAGCAGUUCAGUGGUGGCCAGUCCCCAGUCUAUAUCUGCCACUGGAGGUAUAGAGGGUCCGCUCUACAGCUCUCCUCUUCCUCAGCAGGGUGGGGGGGUGUCAGCAACAGCAGCAGGGACAGGAGCAGCCAUCAGUCUGGAGGGCUUUGAGGCGUCAUUUGGAAGCCAGUUCUCUGAUCUCAUCAAUGAUUUCAUCUCAGUUGAGGGCUCUGGAGGCGGGGUGGGGGCUGCUGUCACUGGGGUUCUGAUGCCUCAGGAGGGGGCAGCAGGAGAGGAGCAAGGCACGGGAGCAGGCCACCUGCAGAGCGCGGAGGUGGAGCAGGGAGCUCUUGGACUGUUGCAGGAGACUGGGAGGCUGUUUGGUGUGACAGACUACUCCCCUGAGUGGUCUUAUCCUGAGGGUGGAGUAAAGGUGCUGAUCACAGGGCCAUGGUUGGAAUCGAGCAGUGAGUACAGCUGUCUGUUUGACCACAUCAGUGUCCCUGCUGCUCUCAUCCAGCCUGGGGUGCUGCGCUGCUACUGCCCAGCCCAUGAUACAGGUCUGGUGAUGCUGCAGGUGGCUAUGGGUGGUGAGGUUAUCUCUUCUUCUGUGGUGUUUGAAUACAAGGCCCGUGAUCUUCCUGCCCUGCCGUCUUCUCAGCAUGACUGGCUGUCCCUUGAUGAUACCCAGUUCAGGAUGUCCAUCCUGGAGCGUCUGGAGCAGAUGGAACAGAGGAUGGCUGAGAUAACCAAUCAGAACCCCAGUUCAGAAACCAUGGCAACCAAGGGAGGCGGAGUGGAGGGAGGAGGAGCCAGCGAUCAGCAGUCUCAAAUUUCCCCUGAUCAGGGUUCCUUUGAGGGUCGCGUUGUAGUGGUGUGUGAGAAGAUGAUGUCUCAGCCAUGCUGGGCUUCAUCUAAUCAGCUUGUCCACAGUAAGAACUCCAGAGGAAUGACCUUACUACAUCUGGCUGCAGCUCAGGGCUACGCGGGACUUAUCCAGACACUUAUUCGCUGGCGUACAAAGCACGCCGACAGCAUUGACCUCGAGCUGGAGGUGGAUCCUCUUAAUGUGGACCACUUCUCCUGCACUCCAUUGAUGUGGGCAUGUGCUCUGGGUCAUACUGAGGCAGCACUGGUGCUUUAUCAGUGGGACCCGAGAGCUCUGGCUAUUCCUGAUUCACUGGGACGCCUGCCGCUCAACAUCGCCCGAUCUCGGGGCCACACGCGAUUGGCCGAGCUCCUGGAGCAGCUUCAACAGACCCCUCAAGCUCAGGGUCAGCCUGGUGACACCUGGAUGGACAGGUGGAGAGGUGAGCCACAGACCAGCGGAAUAAACAACAGCCCAGCUCCAAACUCUAACUCUGAGCUGAGAAGAGCCAAGGCAGAGAGCCAGCCAGACAACCAGACCCAGAGCUGGAGCCAAACAGGACACAGAGCCCAACAGGGAGAACAGGGAGGCCCGCCCCCAGCCAAGAGACUCAAACCAGACCCAGACGCCCAGCAACAGCUUGCUAACUCAACCCCUGGCACCCAAACCCUUAACUCCCUCCUCAACUCACCCCCUAGUCAUAACCCUCAACGAUCUAUCCUCUCGAACACCCCGCAAACUCAACCCUCCAACCUCAGCUGUCAAAACGCACCUCCUGCCAGCUCCGGCCGCAGCCGGCCUCAGCUUCCGAGCGCUCCAUUCUCCCACCUGCAGGCCAGGAUGGGGGGGUCUGGAGGGGGCACCAGGUGGAGUCUGAGACAGACCCUGGGGCAGCGUAACCUAGCCAGGAGGAUUCUGGGAAAAGAACGACUGGCCAUUCACCUGCGCCAAAGAGUGCUGUCUGACAGGGGAGAGGAGACAGAGCUGCUGGCCUUUCAGGAUAACACUGAGGACCUGCAGAUGGACAUAACGAUGCUAGCUGAUCACAUCUUGGAGGCUUCAACCGGUAGGCUAAAGCAAGAGGAUAUGGAGACUGAAACCGACUCUGGGAGGUUGGGGUUCUGCAGUGAUGUCAGAUUACUGUCUGGUUACCUUGGCGAGGUGGAGAGGUUUCUAAACUCCAAGUCCCACACUUCCAGCCCCAAAACGAAGUCUCUCUCAGGACCUGAGGAUCAGCAGAGUCCACAGGUUAGGCAAGCGCCCCCUUCCCCCUUCGACUGGAGCUCCUUCCUCUGUGCAGCUAUGAAAGAGGAGAGGUUAAAAAGUGACUCCUCCUGUCUCGCUAUGACUGAGGCAGAACAGGGAGAGCUGUACGAGACCAUCAGGCAUGCUCUGCACUCCCUCAGAAAACACAAGGGUCCCAUUCAGGAACAACGCAAAGAGAUUGCAGCAGUGAUCCAGCGCUGCUAUAAGAGAUACAAGCAGUAUGCACUUUAUAAGAGGAUGACCCUGGCAGCCAUCCUGAUUCAGAGCCGUUUCCGGAGUUUCCAUGAGCAGAGGAAGUUCCAACAAAGUCGUAGAGCAGCGGUCCUCAUUCAGCAAUACUACCGCUCUUAUAGACACUCCCUCGGCAGCCUCCUAACGAAAAAACAGUACCAGGCUGCUCGUAAGAUCCUGAGGUUCCUGCUCCGAUGCCGCCACAGCCCCUUGAUGGACCAUAGGCCUCUCAAACGGGGUCAGAGAGCAGAGAAAGGCCAGGGGUCCUGAGAGCCCACCGCCAGGCCCCACACACAGCCCUCUCAGCCUGUGAGCAAUCUAUAAACCCGUCCCUCUGUCCAUCUUUUCCUUUCUUCCAUCCUCCCAAGAACUCCUUCCCCUUUUCCAUUCCUCAGCCCCUUCGACAUGCCCUGACCUUCCCUCUGCUCUCUGCUCCCUUAUUUCUUUCACCCUCUCUCCCCUCUUUUCUCAAGAGGGACAAAAAACUCUUCCCAGACAGACUGAGGACAGGAUAGGUGUCCAUCAUGGCAGCUCAGACAGACAGACUGCUGGGUAGAGCCCAGGGACCUGGCUCUGCCCACAGCACUGAUCCUCCUCCACAGUUUCACUGGGAGGCCAUCACAUUAACCUCAUGGCAUUCUUUGCACUCUUCAUGGGUAUGUUUCUUUGCAAGAGAAAGAAGAUGAGUCAGACAAGAGGAUGCAAGGAAGCACCUAACGCCGACAUCCUGCUAUUCAUGGCAGCGACGGGAUGAGCUGAAAGGCUCUGAAGAUGAACAGCUGGCUCAAAAUGAAGGCUACUCUGACAUGCAGAAAAAAUACAAAACCUUUUUUUUUUGUGUUUUGUAUCCAUGAAAGAAUAAGAAAACAUAAACCAAAAAAACUCACUUCUAUGUUGCAUUUGCAUGCAAGAUUUUUUCGCUUAUUCCUCCUCUCCAUCAUCUCGCAGAGCUAUAGUGGCAAAUCAUUCAGCUAAUUCAGUAAAUCACAGUUCCACCAACCACUCUGACUCACAGGCUUACGAACCUAUUAAUCAGUCACCCGACCAAAAGGGGAGGAACUGCACUUGAAUGUAAGAGGGGCAUUGUUAGAUAAGGGGUGGGGUCUGACAAACGAUGUCUUAAUUUGUUACAUGGACUUUGUAUGGAGUCGUUCUCAGAGGCGGCACUUUGCUCGCCCGCCGUGGUGUGUCCGUGUUCGUUCAAUUCAAUGCAUGUGUUUGAGCCACGAGCUCCUGCAUGCUUGCCAAACUGCUUUAGUGUUGUUUCUUUUUGUAUUUCUAUGUGUAGUUGUGUCUCACUUACGUCCUCAUCAACUUAUCCUUGCCCUGUGUAAUGUGAACUGUGUAAGGACAAAUGUCUUAUUUUGGGUGCUUUUUUUUUUUUUACUUUAUUUAUUUAAGGGUCUAAUUAUUUAUUUAAUUGGCUCAAGAGUGGGUUAAGCUUGAGACUGGUUUUCCCCCCUUGUGUGGUAAAAUAUGACAUGUUCCAAUGGUUAAAUGUCUCUGUUAGUUUGUUCUUUGCGUGAACCUCUAAAUCUGUGGUUUUGAGGAGAGAGUCACAUACCAUUGCCUUGACUUCUUCUUGACUCUGAGAGGUCUCUAUGCUUGCUCUGUACAGGACAUGGGUCCUAUACCUGCCCCUAUACAGGGCAUUGGUCCCCAUAUUAGCCCGUAUGGGCAGUCAAAUCCAUAUUUUGGACUAUUGCAUAUUCCUGUAUAUAAACUGACGAGGUAAGGGGAUACGAGGACCCUGAAACUUUUUCAUAAGAGGACUGUAUUUAAGAUUAUAAAUUAUUUUACUCCCAUAAUGAGAACUUAAGACAGAGACCUGGGUACACAGGAUGGCUGUAUUGCUUGUAAAUAAUGUAGAUAUUACAAACGGA